AUGCGACAAAAGCCUCUACCUCGAGAUACCUUCUUCAGCCUCAAGAACGACUCUCAAAUAUUACAACGACCGACAUCAGUAGCCACAGAAUUCGUCGACACGGACUGGGAGGAGGAGCAUGAAGAGGAUGAUGAUGAGGAGAUCAUUAGUGAUGUCGAGGACAACUCACCUCGCCUGAGCCUGCAGUCGUCAGGGCAACCCAGUUUCACAACCAUCUCUUCAUUUGAUGAGGUGCCCACGCCGAGAUCAAGCGGCAGCCAAGUGAGCCCAGCUGGAUAUUCCCCAAAGCAGGUUGAGGGUCCCCGAGGACCUCACUUGUUCCGCAACUCAUCAGAUAACUACUACUCCUCCGCCGAUGAAGACGAAAUCAUCUUGACAUUAUCCCCCAUCACCCCCAAGGCGCCCCGAGCCAUCGCCGACCUACUUGCAACACCUCAACAACCUCGCCGGGCGAGCCCUUUCCAGUACACCGAUGAGGAACUCGACCCUGCUGAGCUGGCGUCAUGGACAACGGAGAUGGUCGCGCAAUCCAUGCUCAAUGCUGGCAUUGAGCUGUCGGUUGCCGACCGAUUUAUGGAGAACGACAUCAGCGGAGCUAUCCUCAUCACUCUCAAGUUUGAGGAUCUCAAGGAACUCAACAUUCAGUCUUUCGGUAUUCGGACAAAGGUCUGGCACAAGAUCCAAGCACUGAGGGACAGCCGCCCCGCAUCACCCCGAGCGUCAACACCCAUUGAGGAUGUCCCCAGCCGAGAUAUUAUGAGGGAAGCGAGGAGACGGGAGGAGAGCACAUCUAGGACAUCUAAGCGCCGCCCUAGCAGCAGCAGACGGAGGCAACGAACGAGGCAAGCGAGGGACGACAUUACCCCAAUGGAGUCGGUCUCUAUCAUCGGUAUCGAGCAGGUCAUUCCCAAGCCACACCACUGCUCCAAGGGCGAGAACUGCUCUAAGUGGAAGAAGCAGCAGCAGCUCAUCCGAGCCUUCAAGAAGGAGUACCCCAACGUGGACAUCAGCGCCGGAGGCAAGGUUGUCAUCGGAGACACUAGCCACCCUGAGACCGCAAAGGCUUUGGACCCUAACCAACUCCGACCCGUGUCAGAUGCUGUGCCUUCAGUCGUUGCAUCCUCUGAUGUCUUGGGCCCUGGCGUGCCUCCUCUGCAGUACCUCCAAGAGGCCAACCUUCGCGAUGUCCAGCAAAGGGACCCCCAGGACAACGUGAUGCAGUUCCUCAACUUCCAGCACCAGCACCUCCGGGAAUGUGGCAACGAUGUCCCUCCCACGCCUCCAUUCGCAGUCCUGCCGAAUGCCCAGGCCCAGCUCCCUCACCAAGGCCUUCGUCGUCUGCCCAAGCUCUCGAUCCCUGGCAAGACCCAGCCUGCUCCUUCGCGGUUGGCACCAUCGCGUGCCUCUAGCGUCUCCUCUGCUUCUCCCGAGUAUCACACUCCUCAGCAGCAGAAGCCUUCGCAAGCUCCCUUCGUUCCCUACCGCAUGGAUAAGGUUGAUCCCGUGUCCCCCGACCUUGAGACUCCCAGAAACACUACUUGGCGUCAUGGCACUCCCUUCUCUGAGCUCGAUGUCCCCGUCACAGCUGUGCCCAUUGGCCCUGUGGCUCGCGACUUCUCUCAGUCUGUUCCCCCAGACAUGAGCUAUCGGGCUGAUCCCGCUACCCUCACCCAGCACACCUCUCCUCCCCGCUGCCAAUCCCGCACCGCCCGCCGCCCAUCCUUCCCUUUGAUGCCGGCUCUUGAGGAGAACCGCCCCAUUCCUGCCGCCCGCAUCUCUACUCCUCACUCGGCUUCUCCUAGAACGCCACGAGUGUCUCGCUCUCAGCAGCCCCUUCAGCCCCCUCCUCGUGACACCUUCACUUUCUCUCGUGGCCAGCUCAACGCUUCCGAGAAGGCUCUGCCUCCCAUCGGACCCAGGGGCAAGUCCCCUGCUGCUGACCCUGCCAAUGGCAUCAGCCACCAGGGCCCGAUGAGGAAGCGCAAGACUAAGAUGCUCCGCCAUGAGUGGCAAGAUGGCUACUUCACCCUCAAGGGAACUCGCCUCAACAUGCACAAGGACGCUGAGGAGCUUGACCGUACUCUUGAGUACGUCGACAUUGACGACUACGCUAUUGCUUGCUCUAGCCUUGCUUCGUCCUCCAAGCUUAGCGCUGCUUUCAAGACCAUGCAUCUCUCUCACGGCCGCCACAGCCGCGAGAAGAGCGACCCCGUCGGCGCCUUUGCCUUCCAGCUCAUCCCUCAGGACAAGAACAGCUUCUCGCGUCUUCGCAAGCGAGACAGCAACCUCCACGCCUCGAGCGCCAUCCCCGCUGAUGGUGUCAAUGGCACGGGCAAGACACACCACUUUGCCGUCAAGAGCCGAGAUGACCGCAUCGACUGGAUGCGUGAACUCAUGCUUGCCAAGGCUCUCAGGCAGAAGGGCGAAGGCUUUGAGAUCAGUGUCAACGGCAACAUGAUCUAA